AUGGAGAGUCCACCGGAGACCAUGGUUGAAGAGAGAGAAGAGCACAUGGUUUCACCUACGGGAGGAAACCCAUUUCGUAAAAAAGCCUACUUUCUAAAACCCACCUUGCCAUCUUGCACUGAUGAACCUCCCUUUGAGCUCCCUCGUUGCUUUUCCUCCUCCCUCCCAACCCAUUUUAAACCGAAGUCAUGGCAUUUGAAUGUUGAGUUCUAUGGAUGGCGAUCUAGCCAAGAAAAUUGGAAAACUUGGGUUGAUCAAAUGGCACCUGUGCAUCAUGAAAAAUGGAAGGAGGCUGGUAUAUACGAAGCCAUCAUUAGUUCAACAUACGAAAUAAGAAAAGUAGCCAACUUGGGUGAUGGGUUUGCUGAGAAAUGGUGUUCGGAGACCAAUACUUUCAUUUUUCCAUGGGGUGAAGCAACCAUCACAUUGGAGGAUGUUAUGGUUUUGGGAGGUUUCUCGGCUUUGGGGGCCUCUGUUUUAAGCCCUCUGCAGAGCAAACAAAUGAAAGAAGUCGGAGAGAAACUCAUUGAAGGGCAAAAAGAAAUUUACAGCAGUGGGAAGAAAGCGGUUUCCAAAAGAUUGUGGCUGAAGAAGUUCAUGAACAGUGGGAAUGAAUUCGAGCACGAAGCAUUUCUUGCCUUUUGGUUGUCCAGGUAUGUUCUUGUUGGUUCUCGUAAUUCAAUACAGAAUUCUGUUUUCUCUGUUGCAAUUCAUUUAGCUAGGGGGACCCGAAUCGCGCUUGCACCGGCUGUUGUUGCUAGCAUUUAUAAAGAUUUGAGCUUGUUGAAAAAGGCAAAACUCAAGUAUGCAAGAUUCCAAUUUGAGGGUAUCAUUCAUGAGGUGGAUGAGAAGUAG